CGCCAGAGUGACACACCCAGCGGAAAAACAUGGUCGUGACCACGCUAGGAGAUCCAAAAAAUGGCUCCAAUUUACUCUCAAAGGCGGGCUGAAAACACAGUCCACCGCGAAAUCAACAACCGAAGACUCCUUUUCACAGCAUCUGCUGGAACUUUGUUGAAAUGUCACGAAGUUAAUUCAAAAACUGUAUGACGUUAUUAAAACAAGAGACGCCAUGCAAUGCGUUUUCAAGCCAGGCAAGGGAGCAACCGAGUGCAGUGCAUUUGAAAACAGUAACUGUUACGCACUCGCGCUUCUUCACAUUCUCCGUGCCUUUAAAAGCGGCAGCGGAGCUCAGCAGAGAAAUGACCCGAGUAAUAGUUGGAAUGCAGCUUCAAUGAGAAGCGGAAGCGGAAUCUUUUGCGUCGUGUUCUUAUUGGUGAAAGAACUUGUUUUAGACAACUGUCGUUCAAAUGAAGGUAAAAUCGAGGGCCUUACAGAUGAGUUUGAGGGACUGGAGUUCUUAAGCACAAUCAAUGUAGGCCUGACAUCAGUGGGAAACUUGCCGAAGUUAAACAAACUUAAAAAGCUUGAGCUCAGUGACAACAGAAUCUCAGGAGGACUGGAAGUAUUGGCAGAAAAAUGCCCAAAUCUCACACAUCUCAACCUCAGCGGCAACAAAAUAAAAGAUCUCAGCACAAUAGAACCUCUGAAAAAGUUAGAAAACCUUAAGAGUUUAGACCUUUUCAACUGCGAGGUGACAAACUUAAACGACUACAGAGAAAAUGUUUUCAAGCUCCUUCCUCAGCUCACAUACCUGGAUGGCUAUGACAAGGAGGAUAAAGAAGCACCAGACUCUGAUACAGAAGCAUGGAAGGAUGAGGAUGACGAUGACGAUGACGAUGAGGUAGAGGAGGAGGAGGAGGAAGAGGAGGAAUAUGACGAAGAGGCAGUUGCGGGAGAAGAUGAGGAGGAAGAGGACGAAGAGGAAGGGGAGGAGGAAGAAGAAAUCAGUGAGGAAGAAGAGGAAGAGGAGGAAGAGCCCGUAGACGGUGAAGUAGACGAUGAAGAUGAAGAUGAAGAAGAAGAAAAAGGUGAGAAGAGAAAAAGAGACCCCGAUGACGAAGGUGAAGAAGAUGAUUGAAUCAGUGCCCGGAUAGCAGUUCCUAUUGUGAUUCGAUUCUUUUUACCUUGUAUUUUUCCCCCCACAUUUUUCUUGGUUGGAAUGUGAGAUGUUUAUUGGGUGGGUGAGAGGGAAAUAGGGAGAAAAAAAGAGAAAAAUAAUACUGCCGCUACCUUUGUGUGUUAAUUUUUCCCAAAUCCAGAUAUUGCAUAAAAUCUGCUGAAGACUGUAGUAGUAAUAUUUUCUUGGAAGUUGGAGUGGUCAGUUCAGCCAUUGUAAAGUUUUUCUUUGCUGUAGUUUUAUGCCUAAAUACAUAUGCCGAUUGCUGAUGACUUGUGUAAAUAACCAUACCAAAACGUCUCUAUUUUAAUGUAAAAUGCUGGUUUUCAAAAUACCCAACAUAGUUUCUUUUUACAUAUUGUGUUCAUCAUCAGUAAAUUCUAUGUACUGUUUAGGCAUGGAAAGGAAUCUCGUUAUCCAAAUCUCCAUAGGAACAUGCACAGAAAUCAAUUUUUUGUAGUUUGUGAAAGUAAUGUCUGCCAUUAUCAGAAACAAGCAGAUGCAUUUUCUCUGCUUGGGUAGUUUAGAUACUUGUGUUUUUUGUAAAUAGUGACCAAAACUUUUUUUUUUUUUUUUAGCAAUUCUAGGCUGAAAUUUGUAAUUUUUUUGAAAAUGGCAGACAUCACUUAAUUUGCAAGUGUAAUAAUGAAAUAUAAUAAAAAAUAUUAAGUUAAACCAUUUUGAAAAUACCUGUGUACUAUUUUGGCCUAUAAAAUACAAUUUGAAGUAGGUAGAAUCUGUUUUUUUUUUUGUGUGUGUUUUUUGUUUUACAUAUAUAAACGGAGAGUAUAGAGGCAGAUCUGAGCAUGAGUUUGUGUUUGUUCUUGUUUUCAUAAAUUCAAUGGUAUAUUACUAAUGCAGAAUUGUAUUUUCUUAUCUAGAUAGUAGUCAGUGACUGACUGAAAAAUGCCUCAUGAAUGUAUAGUUUUACUUUCAUAUUCUUUAUGAAGUUUGAGUGACUUGUAUUACCUGUAAAAAGAUAAGCCUUUGCAACAGUUUUCUGAAGAGCCAAACUUUUAGUUUUGACUGUUUUGUUUUGUCAUUUCAAGAUUUCAAUAAAUCUUUUUUUUU